AUGUCGACCAACGGCACAACCAACGGCACAACCAACGUUACAGCGAACGUCGUCUCGUCUAACGAGUUCUUCGAGUCCAUCGGCCAAAAGGCCGGCCAACUUGCGCCGACGACAAAUGGAAUAAAUGGCGAAGGACACGAUGAGGACGAUGAGCCCAGGGUCGUCGACCAGAUCGAGUCGCUGUGCAUGAACUGCCAUGAAAAUGGCAUGACCCGCAUGAUGCUAACCAUGAUCCCCUACUUCCGCGAAGUUAUCGUCAUGUCAUUCUCUUGCGACAAGUGCGGCUUCGCCAACUCCGAGAUCCAAUCUGCCGGCGCUAUCCAGCCCAAGGGAGUACACUACGAGCUGCGCCUCACCGAACUCGAAGACUUUGACCGAUCGGUUGUCAAGUCAGACACGGCCGUCAUCAAGUUCAUCGAGAUGGACCUCGAGAUCCCUGCCGGCAAGGGAAAGCUCACAAACGUGGAGGGUCUUCUGUCCAACGUAAUAGACGAUCUCGAACUUGGCCAGGAAGCACGAAAAGAGCAAAUGCCCGAGAUAUACCCCAAGGUCGCCGAGAUUAUCGCCAAAGGUCGCGCAAUGCUCGCCGGUGCCGCCUUCCCAUUCCGAAUGUCAGUGGAUGACCCAUCAGGUAACUCUUGGAUUGCCCCAGAUAUGAAGGAUGGUGUGGGCAAGUGGUCCAAACGGGAAUACUUGCGCACUGGGGAGCAAAACGAGGCUCUCGGCCUUGGCCCCGGGGACUCCGUCAUCGAUGCCACGCAAACCACAGAAGAGGACGACAUCAUCCCCGACCAAGUCUACUCCUUCCCCGCCACCUGCCCGGGAUGCAUGCACAACUGUACCACCAACAUGAAGAUGGUUGAUAUCCCGCAUUUCAAAGCCGUGGUGCUCAUGUCCACAGUAUGUCACGAUUGUGGCUAUCGAUCCAACGACGUCAAGACGGGUGGUGAGGUUCCCGAACUCGGCAAAAGGAUCACUCUCAAGAUUGAGGAGUCUGUAGACAUGUCCAGAGACAUCCUCAAGAGCGAGAGUUGUGCCCUCGAGUGCCCAGAGCUGAACCUCCAAGUCAACCCCGGAACCCUCGGCGGUCGCUUCACCACGGUUGAAGGCCUGUUGACGCAAGUCCGAGACGACCUUCGCAGCCAGAUCUUCCAGACAGGCGAAGGGGGCGACUCGUUGGCCGGGGAGGAAAAGGUGAAGUGGGAUGUCUUCUUUGCGGACCUUGAUGCGGCCAUCAAGGGCGAGAAGAAGUUCACGGUGAUCCUCAGCGACCCCAUGGCAAGCAGCUACGUGCAGAAGCUGGUGGAUCCCGACCAAGAUGACCCGCAGAUCAUAUCGGAGGACUACGAGCGUACUGAGGAAGAGGAAGAGGAUUUGGGUCUAAAUGAUAUGAAGACGGAGGGUUAUGAGGCGGAUCACGUUGCUGCUACCCAGCCCCAGGCACAAUGA